GCAGUGCCAGCACAGGGGACGGGCACUGUCCUGGUGUUAAAAACGAGAGCAGAGUGAUUUCAGCAUUUAUUAUAAUAAAAAGAAAGGCCUAAAGCACGGGGGCCCUCGGACCGGGCAGGAGCGUUCCUGUCGAGGAUGCUGCAACGCCGGCGCUGGGUCUCCAGCAGCGUUGUCCUCGGUGUCCCAGAUGGAGCGGCACAGAUUCAGUGGGUCAGAAGCCCCUUUUUAUCCUGGUUUUUGUCCCUUUAGAUUGGUUUCUUUUCGGAUCCUUCAUUUGCAUGAAGGUUUAAGGCGCUUGAUUGGCCCAUUACAGUUCUGUCCAGGCUGGCUCGUUUCGCCAGGGGGGCGGUGCACUUUACUUAGGUGUAAUAUGGUACGUUGAGUACCGUAUUUCCUAUAACUACCCUUUUAACCCCUUUUACAAUAACCAAAUUACAGUACAUGCUUAACGAUCUAUCAACUAUUUUACAACAGUUUCUAACCUAUUUUUAACACUGGGGCAGCCCUGGGGCCAUUGCCCACCUGGGCACCCUGGGCUCACGUCCAGCUGCAGCCACCAGCACGCCCAGACAUCUUUUUGCUGUACUUAUCCAUGUCUUCCUCUUGCAUCUCUUCGGCUUCGUUUUUCUGUUGCUGGGGUUCGUUUGGCGUUUUUUAACAUCUUCCCUUAACUGACAGACGGCUCGAUUCAGAGCGUUUAACGCUCCGAUUAACAGUUAAACACUUUUUUUUCAUCGCCGUUUCCCCGCUCUCCGCCGCCAGCCCGGCUCCCAGCGCCGAGCCGCGGCGCCGCCCCUCAGCCGCCCACUCCCGUCAGGCUCCGGGCGGGAUGGCGGCGGCGGGAACGCCGGGCGGCGAUUCCUUCCAGGAGAAGCUCACGCGGGUUACUUUAUGGCUAAAGAAAUUAUAUGAGGGUGUGCCAGUUCCAGAAUAUGAGGUGAAUGAAAGGACAGUGGAUAUUUUGCAUGAAAUUAUGGAGUGCAAUGAAGAGACAGACAGGGAUAUUAUGCUGCUGAUAGAGGACAUGAAGGACAGGACAAGCAAGUAUGAAGCAGAAGCUGAGUACUGGCAGGAUAUUCUUGGAGAAAGUCUGGGUUUGUUUGAAGGCAGUCUGCCUGAAGAAGCCGCCAAAGACCUCACUGACCUGGUAGAAGGUGCAAUGGAACUCGAAGUGGAGGACACAUCUCUUACCAGCUUCUACAGUGCCAUCAAUGACAUGACCUUGGAAAUGUAUAAAACAAAAUCAAAAAACGAAGAAAUGGAACAUAAAUUGAGGAUUCUCACGAGAAAACUAAAUUCAGCACUGAUGGUGGAAAAGCAGUUAGAGGAGGAUAUUGAAAAACUGAAGAAAUCUCAGGAAGAACAAAAGGCCAAAGCUGAGGUUCAAUCCAAGAACAUGAAGUUCCUGGAAGAUAAAUCUAAGGAUCUGAAAAUAAGGAUCUGUGAUGCUGAGGAUGAGCUUGUUGCCAGGGGGUUGGACCAAUCCCUGACACAUGAGGCACUCAUGAAAUCGUCUGAGGAACUGGCUGCGCUGUAUAAAGAAAUGGAGCCAUUGAAGACGGAGCUGGCAUCCUAUCUUGAUUUACCUCCUAGCAUUCCCCUGGCGCAAGUGAAGGUUGAAGAAGCGAGAAAAGAACUUAAAGCCCUGGAUGACGAGCUCACAAGGGAGAUUGAGGCUGUGCCUUUUGAGCUGACAUAGCCCAGCAAACCCCAGCUCACCUGAAGGGGCCUACGUGGGACAUGGUUCUCUUUCUGUUGCCUACUAACUUGCACUAGCAAUGCACUGCAGAAUUCCUACCUGUACCUUGGCAGCUUCCUGCUGUGUUCUUCUCUCUGUUGGCCUUGUGUUUGUAAACUUCACCUAUCUUUCAUUAAAUAGCAUCCAAACUU